AUGCCGCGUGCGGGGUAAAAAGGGAGUAUAAUUCCUCGUAAGUCGAGGUCGUCGCCGCCUCCCAGGGGCCGCCGUGCGGUUUGGCACCCGCGCUCCGGCGACCAUCGCCAGGUAUAGGAGUCCCACGUCUCCAGCUGAUGAGCGUGGUGUCCUCAGAUUGUUCAUCCUUUUUUAGUAUUAAACAGGCACAAAAAGAAACUUGGUGGCAGGAAAACUUCGAAAAGCAGUGCCCACAGCAGGAACAAAGUCUGAGCAGGAGCGCAGCAAGUUGGUCUUCUGGAGGUCCCACAGUGAAAGGAAUUGUGCGACCCUCUUCAGAUUCUUGCUCUGUUUAGAAGCCUUGCAAAGUUGUAUAUUCAAGGGCGGAAGGUGUGGAGGGCGGCACAUCAGUUGCCGAUGCAUUCUUGACAAGACAGCGCAGUGUCAAUGAAGCUGGGGCUAGAAGAUUUGUUUACGCAAGUGGCGCUACCUGCUAUUGCUGAUUUCAGGUCUCAUUAAAGAUAAUGCAAUCCAAAGUCUAUUAUGUAUUCUGAGCAACUUGUCGUCCUUCCAUGGUAGAAGCCCUCACUUGAUUGGUUCUUGGAUUAAACUAUACAAAUUUGGGCUCAAUCCAAUGGGAGCUCCUAAGCAGAAAUGGACAGAGGAAGAGGAGGUCGCGCUCCGAAAGGGUGUGGAGAGGUAUGGGCCUGGCAAGUGGAGGGCGAUCCAGAAAGACCCCAAGUAUGGGCCAUUUCUGACGCAGCGCUCCAAUGUGGACUUGAAGGACAAGUGGCGCAUCAUGAGUCGGGCAGAAGGAGAGCCCCCUCGGUCUCGGAAGAUGAAUCAGGGGACAAGCUCACGCCCGGCCAAGCGUGCCGCCAGCACAGGCAGCGAGGAUGAUGAGGAGGCGGCAAGGAAGAAAAAGCGGAGGGAUAUCUUCCUCAAGUAUGGUGAGAUGAUCACAGAAGCUGUGGCUGCGCUGAAGGAGAAGAGCGGCUCCUCAUUGACGAGCAUAGCAAAGUACAUCGAGGACAAUCAUGCUGUGCCGUUCAACUUCCGGCGACUCAUUGGGGGGAGGCUGAAGACGAUGGUGGAGGAAGGGAUGCUUAUUAAGGGUCGGGGCCAGGCGUACCGCCUGAACGACGGGACCGCGACCGAGAGCUUCGAGAAGCCGGUCAAGGCGAAGACGCCCCGGACGAAAACGGACAGCGAACGGAGCCGCAGCAAGCUAGAGUUAGGGCCGGACGGGAACCGCCGCCAGAAGACGGCAGAAGAAGCGGCCAAGGCGGCGGCGCUCGCCAUAGCCGAGGCGGAAGCAGCAGCAGAGGCGGCAGAGCAGGCAAUGCGUGAGGCGGAGCUAGCGGAGCAAGAGGCCGCCGAGGCGGAGGCCGCCGCCGAAGCCGCCGCCGCCGCCGUGCGCCCCCCCAAGAAGCGGAGCCAAAAGGGUGUCGCGGCUUUGCAAGAAGCCGCAGAAGCCGAGGGCGAGCACGGGGGGAUCCCCGAGGGCUUGACGGCGCAGCUGUUAGGGGUGGACGCCGGUCCCCCUGGUGGUCUGAGGCCAACCGAGCAGCCGGCCGUGCAUGCCGGAGGCUUUGACGGGGGAUGGGGCGCUGCUUUCUUAGCAGGGGAUCCGGAGAGGGGGGUUCAGCAGGGGGAGGGGGUACCGCUGCCGGAGGGUCUGCCGCGGCCGGAGGGUUUGGUGCGGCAAGAAGGUCUAGCGGGACCGGAGGGAUUGGCACGGCCUGAGGGCUUUGUGCGGCCAGAAGGGUUAACGCGGCCCGAGGGUUUGUCGCAUCCGGAAGGUUUGGUUCGACCGGAGGGUUUGGUUCGACCGGAGGGUUUAGUUGCGCAGGGAGACAGCUUUGGGGCCUUGAUGGGACUGUCUUCGGGCCAAGCGCUUGAGCUACCGAGAGAUUUGCGGGAGCCGGAAGGGGCGGGGUUGUUGCCACUACAAAGACCAGAGGGUCAUCCUGAGGGUUUGACCAACCAGAGGACAGGAUCAGGGAGCGUGGGGCAGCAAAGAGUGAUGCCACCUCCUAUAUCACGGGGUUCGGAGCCUGCGGAAAGUGUGGCGGAGUUUGGACGUCCGAAUGGAGCUGGGCAGUCCCAGGGGCUGAUGGGGUUGCUCCAGGAUCCAAGUCCGUCACGAGAUCCAGGGGUCUCUCAGGGUUUUGCAAUUUCGCACGAUUUGCAGCCCGCUGAGGGUCUCAUGCCGCCCCAAGUUUGUGAACCGCCCCCGCCCCAAGGCUUGCAGAAUCCACAGGGUUUGAGUGUUCCCCAGGGGCUGCAGCGGCCAGAAGGGCUAGUACGGCCUGAGCCGCUUCCAACUUUGGACCGGCCUCAGGGCGGGCAUGCGCCACAAGCGGGCGUUUCGCAAGGGGUGGAGCAAGUACCGGGCAUAAAAAUGCAACAAGGGAGCGCGCCACCGACGGGGCCGGAUCCGGCUGCGAGCGCGCCAAGAGCGAGGGAUCUGGCGGCGCCACUGGCAACCGGGACGCAGAAUCCGGACGGCCUCCCGGAACCAAACAUGCGGGUACAGGUGGGGGUGCCGAGUGAGCUCCCUCCAGCAACCAAUGGUCCAAGCGACGUCGUGGAAAAGCGUUCGGGUCCUGCUGUAGAUGGGGUUCCCGUACCAACAGAAGCCAUUGACCCAGUGGUGCCUAUGGAGGUUGAUGUUCCCGCAGACGCUGAAGAGGUGAGCGGGGAGACAGGUCUUGCAAAGAGUUGACAUGGCGCUGGAGAUUAGGUGGACCUGUAGACUGGAAGAGUGACCCAGUGACCAUUUAUGCAACGAGCAAACCACUUCCUUUGUUCAAAAACAAGUUACGCUUUUGCCUGAAAGCUGGUCGAUCAAACGCGUCCUAUAAAGGAAUUGUUCUGGUGGUCGGAUCCUCACAUAUGCAUGACCAUCCACCGAAACUUUCGGUCACAUUCUGUCGCUCGAGUAUAUAGGGG